UCUGAAAUAAAACUGAUCAGAAUGACUUCUCAUUCCCCUUCCCUCAUCCUUCUCUGUUGCCUCCUCUUCUCAUGGGCUCUGCUAUCCGCCCCCCAGCAGUCACCUUCACCAUCGCCGUCACAGCUAUCGCCACAGCCACCUUCCGUCCCCUGCAAAUCCACUCCCUACCCUAAACUCUGUCGAACCAUCCUCUCCGCCUUCAAAUCCUCCCCUUCCGAUCCGUACACCUACGGCAAAUUCUCAGUCAAGCAAUGCGUCAAACAAGCCAAGCGUCUCGCUAAAGUCAUCCACAGCUACCUCGCCCAUGAGCGGCCGUGGAUGACCCACUUGGAGCUGGGGGCACUCUCGGAUUGCGCUCAGCUGGCGGAGCUCAGUGUCGACUACCUGGAGACAGUGUCGGCGGAGCUCAAGGCGGCUGAGUCGAUGAGCGGGGAGCUGGUGGACCGAGUCACGAGUCUGCUGAGUGGAGUCGUCACUAACCAGCAGACGUGCUUCGAUGGGUUGGUUCAGGCUAAGAGUGGGUUCUUGGGUGCGCUCGCUGCGCCUAUGGCUAACGUGACUCGGCUAUACAGUGUGUCACUUGGGUUGGUUUCGCAUUCGAUGCGCCGGAAGAAAUCAAAAUACCAUUCCCUCAAUAAACCCCAUGGAGUUCGGGAACACCUGCAAAAUCUGAUCAAAGCUCUACGAAAUUCAUGCCACGGAUCAAAAGGCUGCCACAAGAGAAUCCCCUCGGAGCGAAAACUGGAGCAAGUCGACGGCGGUGGACUUCUCGUCUACAAUACAGUAAUUGUCAGCCCUUACGCCGACGGCGACUUCACCACCAUAAACGACGCCGUUGCAUCGGCUCCCAACAACACAAAGCCCGAAGACGGCUACUACGUCAUCUACGCUAAACAAGGUUAUUAUGAAGAAUACGUCGUCGUUCCCAAAUUCAAGAAGAAUAUUAUGCUUAUUGGAGAUGGAAUCAACAAGACCAUCAUCACCGGCAACCAUAGCGUCGUCGAUGGCUGGACAACCUUCAACUCUUCCACCUUCGCUGUUUCUGGAGAGAGAUUUGUGGGUGUAGAUUUAACGAUCAGAAACGCAGCAGGUCCUGAAAAGCAUCAAGCAGUAGCAUUGAGGAACAAUGCAGAUCUCUCUUCCUUCUACCGUUGCAGCUUUGAAGGCUACCAAGAUACUCUCUAUGUCCACUCUCUCCGCCAAUUCUACCGAGAAUGCCACAUAUACGGGACUGUAGAUUUCAUCUUCGGCAACGCCGCCGUCGUUCUCCAGAGCUGCAAUAUUUACCCGCGUAAACCAAUGUUGAACCAGAAGAACGCCAUAACAGCUCAAGGCCGAACUGACCCCAACCAGAACACCGGCAUAUCGAUUCAGAACUGCACAAUCGAAGCCACGCCAGAUCUGGCCAAUGACACGAGCAACUACACAACCUUGACUUAUUUAGGACGGCCGUGGAAGGAGUAUUCGAGGACGGUGUUCAUGGAAUCGUAUAUUGGCGGCGUGGUUACACCUGCUGGUUGGCUGGAAUGGAAUGGGACGGCGAAUCUAGAUACGCUUUUCUACGGUGAGUUUAACAAUUACGGGCCUGGCGCGAACACGAGCAUGAGAGUGCAAUGGCCGGGUUAUAAUUUGAUGAAUGUUUCACAGGCUGCGAAUUAUACUGUGUAUAAUUUCACGUCAGGGCAUACUUGGUUGCCUGACGCUGACAUACCUUUCUCCGGUGGAUUACAAGAUUAGGGUUUUGCAUAAGCUCUAUACACAUGUAACUAUGUCGCUUGCAGAUUAUUGUAAUCUGUAAUCAAUUUCUUUCUCUAGAUACUCCUAAUGAUUAUAGCUGAGAAAGGACUGAAAUACAAAUACCUUCUUCCUCUGACCUCGGACCAAAAUCCUAGGUCUAUCUCUCUCUUUUUCAAAUCUGCUAUCUCUCUGAGAUUUUCUUUCAGCUCGACCGCCGUCCUCAAUUUGCUCUCAGGUCUCCUUCUUUGACAGAUCCUCUCCACCCCGUACUUUCCCCUGAUCCCAGUCUCCAACUUUUCAAUAUUUGUCUUCAGCUUCUUUUACACCCUCGUCCAAAGCUGAAUUCGUAAUGAGAUUCCCGCCGCUCUGAAAUCUUCGCCAACCACAUCAGUUCCUUUCUUCCUGCUCUGCCUCUGGAUUGGGAUUUAAAGAUGUGUAGAAUAGAUUCAUCAAGUUGUUGGGCUUUUUAAUUUGAAUUCAUCAAGUUCAAUCUUGAAUUUUAAUCCAAACAAUUUGGUCU